GAAUGUGCCAAGCUGAGUCUACGGCCAAGCAGCGUUUCAGCUAUGGUUGUCCCCACCUUUUGUUCGCCAGAAUUCCUCCAUUAUUGCACAAACAAUGAAACUAAAUGGAUGUUAUACAGUCUCAUAAAACGUUCCAAUGCAUCUACGCCUUUCUCCAAUCUCCUCUUGGAUUAUCUAAUGAAUUAAAACCGACCUGCAACCCUCCUGAGCUGCUGCGAGGUUUCCGAAGCGCGCAGCAGAUUUCCUGGAAAACGUGGAAUAAUGUAAAGCAGAACUCAAGCUGUCUCUCAAGUGGUUGUUGGCGCCAUGGGGCUAGAUUUUGAUGUAAAGACAUUCUGUCAUAAUCUGCGGGCCACAAAGCCGCCGUAUGAGUGUCCUGUGGAGACUUGUCGUAAGGUCUACAAGAGUUACAGUGGCAUAGAGUAUCACCUCUACCACUAUGACCAUGACAACCCAACUCCUGCUCCAACCGUGCCCCAGAAAAAGAGAAAGGGACGGCCUCCUCGUGUCUCGCUGACUGGCUCGGGAGACACAGACGAUGGGGGUAACGGAGGUGAUGGACCAGGCCCUGAGGUAAAUGCACCUGGGAGCCCCAGCCGGUCGGAUCGCUCCCACUCUCCUGGGAGGGAGACCAUGACUUAUGCCCAGGCACAGCGUAUGGUGGAACUAGAGAUUCAGGGACGCGUUCACCGCAUCAGUAUCUUUGAGAACAUUGAUGUGGUGUCAGAAGAAAACAGCGAUGCAGAGGAUACGUUGCCAUCUGGAACUGGCAGUUUUGGAGGAGGGGUUUGUAACGGAAGCGACAGUGGAGCUGCAUGCAGCGAAGUUGGAGGAAGCGGUAAGGAUCGCUCCGAUAUCCAGUCCUCUAACGGUAGUAAAGCCACGCCAAAGACUGGGAAGCACAAAAGUAAAGACAAAAAGAAAGAUGGUACGUCUCAUCAUCACAACCCGCAGUCCGGUCUGGCUGUCAAGCUUCCAGAAGCAGUUUUUAGAGAACUGGACCAAGAGAGACCUGAUGCCCCUCCUCGGACUUUAUCCUACUAUAGGUACAUUGAGAAGUCUGUGGAAGAGCUGGAUGAAGAGGUGGAGUAUGACAUAGAUGAGGAGGACUGCAUCUGGCUUGGCAUCAUGAACGAUAAGCGGCGGCGUGACGGCGUGACACCAAUCCCUCAGGAGGUCUUCGAGUACCUCAUGGACCGCUUAGAAAAGGAAUCCUACUUUGAAAGCCACAACAAGGCAGACCCCAGUACGCUGAUUGACGAGGACGCUGUCUGCUGCAUCUGUAACGACGGCGAGUGUCAAAACAGCAAUGUCAUCCUGUUUUGUGAUAUGUGCAACCUGGCUGUCCACCAAGAGUGCUACGGCGUUCCUUACAUCCCGGAGGGUCAGUGGUUGUGUCGGCGCUGCCUGCAGUCGCCAAGCAGAGCUGUGGACUGUGCCCUGUGUCCUAACAAGGGAGGCGCUUUCAAGCAGACGGAUGAUGGGCGCUGGGCUCAUGUGGUCUGUGCCCUUUGGAUCCCAGAGGUCUGCUUUGCAAACACAGUCUUCCUAGAGCCGAUUGAUAGCAUUGAGCACAUCCCUCCUGCACGCUGGAAGCUCACCUGCUACAUCUGCAAGCAGCGCGGCUCAGGCGCCUGCAUUCAGUGUCACAAAGCCAACUGUUACACGGCCUUCCACGUCACUUGCGCCCAGCAGGCAGGCCUGUACAUGAAGAUGGAGCCCGUCAGAGAAACGGGGGCGAACGGCACCUCGUUCAGCGUCCGCAAGACUGCGUACUGCGACAUCCACACGCCGCCGGGCUCCGCCAGGCCUCUGGCCGGGGUGGGAGGGGCCAGCAUGGGCUCGUCUAACAGCGAAGGGGAGCUGGAGGACGACGACGAGCCCAGUCUCUGCCAAGAUGAGGACUCCAAGGGCUGGAGCUCAGAGCGCGCCAAGAGGGCGAAGGCCAAAUCCAGGCUGAAGAUGAAAAGGGCCAGGAAGAUCUUGGCAGAGAGACGAGCUGCUGCACCAGUGGUGUCUGUGCCAUGCAUACCUCCCCACAGGCUCAGCAAAAUCACCAGUAACCUGACGGUACCCAGAAAGAGCCAGUUCAUGCAACGGCUCCACAGCUACUGGACGCUGAAGAGACAGAGUCGCAAUGGCGUUCCUCUUCUGCGCCGGCUUCAGACCCACCUGCCUUCUCAGCGCCAUGUUGAUCCGCAUCCUCCUCAGCCCGCCGCCCAGCUUCCUCCUAGGGACAACGAGGAGAAGCAGUGUGCCUUAAAGGAGCAGCUAAAGGCAUGGCAGAGGCUACGGCAUGACCUGGAGAGGGCCAGGCUGCUGGUGGAGCUCAUCCGCAAGAGGGAGAAACUCAAAAGGGAGACUAUUAAGGUGCAGCAGAUGGCGCUGGAGAUGCAGCUGACCCCCUUCCUGGUUCUUCUCAGGAGUACGUUGGAGCAGUUACAGGAAAGAGACACAAACAACUUCUUCACUGAGCCUGUUCCUCUGGAAGAGGUGCCAGAUUACCUGGAGCACAUUGACACUCCUAUGGACUUCCAGACUAUGUGGAACCUGCUGGAGUCCCAUCGCUACCUCACUUUCGAGGCCUUCGAGGCCGACUUCGGUCUCAUCGUCAACAACUGCCUCAAGUACAACGCCAAGGACACCGUGUUUUACCGUGCUGCCCUGCGGCUCAGGGAGAUGGGCGCCGUGGUUCUGAGAGCGGCCAGGCGCCAGGCCGAACGCAUCGGCUUCGAUUAUGAGACGGGCAUGCAUCUUCACCGUGACUCGAGCCCGGAGAGCCACCGUGAGCCUGAGAGAGAGCGGGAGAGGGACCAGGACAGGGACAGAGAGAGGCCAUUGUCCUCUAACGAAGACGACCUUCUCCUCCCAGAGAACAGGCGACGGCUGCCUCUGGACGAGCAGCUGCAUUACCUGCAGGCGCGCCUUGAUGAGGUCAGCUCAGGGAAGCACAGCAUUGGCCAGUCUCGCAGAGCCAAAGCCCUGAAAAAGGAGAUCAGCGUGAUCAGGAGGAAGUUGGCUCACCAGCGGGAUGGAGGGUCCAUCAUGGGGGGCCGUGAGUCAGCGGGGGAUCGUAGUUCUUCUCUCCCGCAUCACUCUUCUACGGGACACCAUGAUGAGGGGGGAGAGAGCAGCAGCCAGGAGAUUGGAGGAAAGGCUCCUGAGGUUGGCCGAAGGACUACUAUCCUUUUCAACAAGCCCUCGAAAAUGACUGGACCUCCAAAAAGGCCAGGACGCCCGCCGAAGAACCGAGACGCGGGCUAUGCUGGGGCAGGGGUGAGCCAGAGCCCCAUCGGCCCCCCGCAGCUUCCCCUGCUGUCGUCUAGCAGGCAGAGGAAGAGGCCCCGCAGCCCCCACAGCACCUCCACCUCUGACAGUGACAGUGACGACGACCUCCUGCCAGGUUUACCAAGCAAUGGCUUCGAUACAGGAAACCAGCCCGUAACCGAAAGCUUCCGUGUGUACAGAAAUGAGCCUCGCUUGCCUCGUUCCAGCUCAGAUUCUGAGUCCACGACCAGCAGCAGCAGUAGCGCGGCCUCUGACAGGACCAGCACAACACCCUCCAAACAGGGCAGAGUGAAGGCGUCAUUCUCUCGUUCCACCUUCCAUGAAGACAGCAGUGAGGAAACAUCGGGCACAGAAAAUGAUUCCUACUCAGUUGGAGGAUCGCGGGGCGUUUCUCACCUGGUGCGUGGCCGAGACCGGUCAGGAUGCUGGAUGACGUCUGAUGACUACUCCUCUCUGGAAGCUCUGGAUCUGGUCUGGGCCAAGUGCAGAGGUUAUCCUUCCUAUCCUGCGCUGAUCAUUGACCCAAAGAUGCCCAGGGAGGGGGUGUUCCACCGGGGAGUCCCCAUCCCCGUUCCUCCUUUAGACGUGCUGAAACUUGGAGAGCAAAUGACCCAAGAAGCCAGGGAGCACCUGUUCCUCGUCCUCUUCUUCGACAACAAAAGAACUUGGCAGUGGCUGCCGCGCUCCAAGCUGGUGCCGCUCGGCGUGGACCAAGAGCUAGACAAGGAGAAGAUGCUGGAGGGCAGGAAAUCCAACAUUCGUAAAUCUGUGUCGGUGGCCUACAGCCGCGCCAUGCAACACCGCAGCAAAGUCCAGGGGGACCCCAGCAGCGAGACCAGUGACAGUGACUGAAUGCUAACCCACAUGCAGCAUUGUUCUGCAAAAGUUGUGUAUUUCACGCUUCGAUCAGGGGAAGCACAGCCCUAUUUCAAAGAUGACAAGAAAUAAAGCAAGCAGGAAAAUUAAUAGGGAGGAGAAAACAUUUCCCCCAAAAUUUACAGUCACUCACAUUAAGCCAUAUUUAAUCAGACUUGUAAAAAUGUUGUAUUUAAGAUUGAAAAUAAGGAUAUUGCUGAUAAUGAUGGUUAAAAAAGUUUAAAACCAUGUUUAAAGCAAAGAAAAUAGUUUGCAAACUUAAAAAGUAAUCAUAUGUCUGCCUCCUUCUGUCUUCUCUUCACCUACAGUCACACAGCUAUCAGACACUCAAACAGGUAAAUGCAUGUUUUCUGUGCAGAUUCAAUGCACACACCUCCACCUUUUAAAGAAACAAAAAUACUUCCUGUGUAUGAAUACCCUGAGGAGCAGACGGAGGGACUGUCUCAGCCUGAUCAGAGCCAGAUCUAUCCUACUGUAAUUUAUUCUGUGGACUUUUCUUUAAGUGUUUUUCAUCAUGGACUACUUUGAGUCACUCCAGCUGCACAACACACUGAUGUUUCUUCUUGUCUUUUUUUUAAACGUUUUGUAAACAAGUGUUCCUGUCACUUUGACCUGUAGAGUCAGUCAGUAAUGAGGACUAAACUGAAACACAAUCGCCUCCCUGUCUGUCUUAGUCGAGGCUGAUGGCUGUAGAUCUUUUUUAUAACACAGAAUACAUAAAAAAUACAUGUUUAAUAAAAGAAUAGUGUUUUUCUAAUAA